AUGUCAUUUAAAAUUGGAGUAAGGGUCGAAACAGAGAAGGGUCGAGGAGUAGUAGAAUUCUUUGGUGAAACUGAAUUUGCGGAAGGUACUUGGGUAGGUGUAAAUUUGGAUGAACCGAAUGGGAAACACGAUGGUACAGUAAAGGGAAUGCGAUAUUUUGAAUGUGAACCGAAUCACGGCAUCUUUUUGAAAGCAAACCAGGUGCGUCUAGAAUCUCGAGGCAAGUCUGGCAUGCGUUUACCCUCCAAUAUUCGAAAAGAUGUGAGAAGCAAGAUUUCACCGGCUAGCUCUCCUAGAAUGACACCGUCCUCUUCUACUGAGAAAUUAAAAACUGUGGGUGGAACUGGCACAUCUCCGAAGAAGCUUUAUUCUAAAGAAGACACGAAAGGAGGUACUGGACGACUUGGUAGUCAAUCUCCUUCGCAAACAACUACGGAGGAGAUUUCCAGUUCAUCUCACAAGUCUCAUACUAGUGAGGCCAGUCACAAGUUGGGUGGGAUUCCGAAGAAGAGUUCCAUUGUAAGCAAAUUAGGGAAUGUAUCUGGUGCUACCAAUGUGGAAGAAAUGACAACAGCAGAAAGUGUGAAAAGUAUCAUCAAGAAGAUGGAAGAGUCAUCUUUGUCUGCCCCAUUACCUCCUAAUAUGGAUGAACGCAGUGAACUCGAAUGGCUUCGUAUACAGCAUAAGGACCUAUCUGAAAAGCUAGAAAGUUUAAGAAUUAAGCGGAAAGAGGAUCACAUUAAAUUGGUUGAAUUUGAAAGAAAUCGAAUACAGUUAGAAUCAUUGCUCCAGUUCAGAGCCAAAAUACUUGAGGAACAAACUAGUCUACAACGAAAAUUGCAAGAAAAGGACAAGGAGUUAAGAGAUGCACUCGAAUCGAAAGGAAGCGAAAGUGAUGGUCUUACAGAAGUUGAGGAACGUCUUGAAUUAAUAACGAUCGAAAAAGAGAUGGCUGAGGAGAAGGUCGACAUAUUACAGACCGAAAUUGAAGCGGAAAAACAACGAACGCAAGAACUAGAAGUUGAGCUGGAGUUACUGCGCAACGAAAUGGAACAGUCAAGCGAUAGUUCAUUUCGGUGUAAUAGUGUGCAGAUGAAACAGCUUGAACAACAAAAUGAGAAACUUCGAGAAGCGUUAGUAAGGAUGCGAGAUGUGACAGGGCAAAUGGUAAUUGAUAAGCAGGAAUUAACGAAAGAAAACGAAAGAUUGAAGGAUGAAUUAGCGUCGUUGACAAAAAUGUGUGAAAAAAUAAAGAAGGAUUCGGAUGCAUAUGAAAAUAUUAUUGCAGAGUUGAGAGAACAGGUAGAUGUAGCAAUGGGUAGUGAAAAAAUGAUAGAAGCAUUGACGGACAGGAACUUGGAUAUGGAAGAAAAAGUCAGAGCUUUGGAAGAAACGAUUGAUGAUUUUGAAACUAUGCGUGCAAUGGAUGAGGAAAUUUUGGAGACCCAAAAAGAUGCUGAAAAGGAGUUGAGAGAAGAGCUUGAUAAAGCAUGUGGGAGGAUCAGUGAGUUAUUGCUACAAAUCAAGGCAUGUGGUGCACAAGCUGAAAAUUAUGAGAAAACGAUUCUCAUGUUUCGUAAAAAAGUUAGCGAUCUAAAUGAGGAAAUCCAAGAACGUUAUGAUGAAAAUUUGCGUAUGCUAGAACAAAUACAAUUUCUUGAAAAAGGAGGCGCCGUUCAUGGAUUGCAAAGCACAACUUUCACCGCAACACGUGCUUUUUCGGAAAUGGUGGAUGCUGAAGUGCGAUCGUUGGAAUUGGAAUUUGCACACCAAUUGACCAAAUAUCUAAAAGCCUUUAUGCCCGAUAAUUUUACGAAACCAGGGGGUGAUGAUGAUGCAAUAAUACUUAAUGUCUUAUUUCCACGACUAUACCAGAAAUCAGUGAUUUUGGCAAAGUUGCUGAGUAAUAAGUACCCUCCGGUGCCAGGUGGUAUGCGUCGUGAACAUGUCACCAAAUCACAUAAGGCUGAGCAGUGGGCACAUUGUGCUAAGUUCAAUUAUUUAUUGAAUGCAUUAGAAUGCGUCCUACGAAAAUUUGAGAGUGCAAUACAACGCUGUUCGGUGGAAAGACUGUCACGCUUGGCACAACUUCAGUUGGAAAUGGCCACACAGGAAAGGAUGAUCGAUCAAUAUAUUGAUUUGUUGAAGAAUGAUCGUCUCGAUGAGAACACUUCCUCAGCCAAUCUGGAGAAAGGAAUAACAUAUUUCCAGAAUGUUUUCUCAGUUCACAUGGCUGGUGAAGCAUAUGAUAUGAAGCAGGCGUUCUCUGAUGUCAUCUCUCAAUUACUCUCUGGUUUAGGUUGGAUGAAGAUAAAUGUUCAGCGGUUUACAUACUUUUUGUUGCCCGGUAGUGAAGAUAGUGAAAUUCAUGUCUUUGCUGCUUCAUUAAUGGGAUUGAUCACAGAAUGUGAACAACUAACGAUUCGUUCAAGAAAUCUUAUCCCAGCACAAAAAGAGAUGACAAUAAACCAGCAGAUGGACGAGCAAUUAUCGAGUGUAGUCAACACCCUUUGGAAGGUAGCUACUGUUGCGAGCAAUAUUUGUGCUGUAGCAAGUAUACAGCUAAGUACACAUACCGAUGCUGAGGGGUUACAAAGUGACCGAAUUAAAGAAAUGUUAUUAGGAGCCGUUGAAAAAAUGAAUGGUCAAACUGACAGCGCCAAGGCAAAAGAAGUUAUCAGGAAUCAUAUGCUUACACUGAAAUCAAUCCUUGCAAAAUUAGCUGAACAACUGGACAGUGGGAAUUUAGAAGUAGAAACAAGCAAUAAGAAGUUACUUCAGCCAUUUCCACCGCUUUUGGAGCGUGCUCAUGCACGAAAACAAGAUGCAGUGGAAGCAGAGGGACUUCGCUGGCAGCUGGAAAAAAAGGAAAAUGAAAUAUCUGAUUUGAAAAAAACGCUUCGAUCCAGAGCAGACGAUAUUAGCAAUUAUAGACUUCGCUUGGAAAUGGCUGACAGGAAAAUGGAAACAUCGGGUAAAGUGGAUGAAUCACGAGUAUCGAUAUUGCAAUCACGUUGCGAUGAACUGCAAAACGAAUUGAAGAAAAGGAGAGAUGAGUACGAAGAGACAAUGGAUGCUAUACAAAGAGACUUGGAAGCAUGUGAGAAGGAGAAUGUAGAAUUGAAAGAACGGGCCAAAAAUAUGAGCAAGAAGGCGUUGUUGAUGAAUUUGAGCAACACUCUAACGCCAUCCGUUACUUCAUUGCCAUCAACACCAACUGCUACUAGUGGUACUGCAUUUACAUAUGCAUCUGAAAUCGGUUUUCUGGAAGCGGCAUUAAUUGAAAAGCAGGAUGCUCUCAAAUUGGCGAAUGAAAAAAUACGUCACCUGAAGGUUCAAGACAUGCUGCGGCUAUUGCCAGAUACCGGAGUGUCUGAUAUUUCGACAGAAAUUACUGGACUAUUAACACUAGAAGCUGCUCAGGGUCCAUAUAAAGAAGAACUUGACAAGUUGAUUAGAGAAGCGGAAGGAAUCAUAAGUGAAGCUCGGAAUUACCAAGUGCCUUAUAUAGCAAAUUUGCAUAAGCAGAAAAAAACUCAGCUUCUUGAAAAGCAUCAGUAUUACUCGGGUGUUCGAGAUGUCAAUUAUAGGAUCGACGAUUUGAAAUUAAAAAUUCAUCGCUUCUGGUCAAAAUAUAACCCCGGGAAACCGCUUCCGAGCUUGUUUAAUAACAUAAAAAGCAUCGUUACCGAAAGGCCGAAGUACUUACAAAGUGGUGAUCGAGGUGUGCAUUCGAAUGCAUACAAGAAUGCAUAUAGUUUUUUAUUUGACAAGUUGGAUGUGGAGUGCAAGAAGUUCGAACCACGACCUGUACUUAGAAAAUAG